GGGGGAUAUUUCGUGGGCGUAUAUUCUGAUUAAAUCUGCACUGUAUCUUAUCUCACAUAGUUGCCACUUCCUGUGACAGACGACGAAAUGCUGUUUUGGGGUUUGGGUGGAUGUAAGCCGGACCUUUAUUCAGUACAGGUUGCUAUAACUUUGCACUUGAAAAUUAUGACAAUGCACUUGAAAUUCUCCUAAAACUGAUUAACUUGGAACAUAUCUCAAAUGAAAAUCAACUUUUAUUAGCACGUACAAGAGAUAAUGUUGGUAGUACAUGUUAUAAACAAGAAAUGUAUGGAAGAGCAUUAGAAGAACAUGAUUAUGCCCGAAAACUGAGAGAAGAAUUUUCAUCAGAUGAUUUUGAAUCCAUUGUUAAAUCAUACAGUAAUAUUGCACUUGAUCAUCUUGAAAUUGAUAAAAAGUAUUUUCCAUUAGCACUGGAAAACUGUAAAAAAGCACUGAAAAUUGCUAAUGAAAAACAUUUAGCUGCACUUCAUCCUGCUUGCGCGUGGGCUGAGAUCAGUUACGGAAAAUAUUAUUUUAAAACAGGAAAAUAUGAUGAAGCAAUAGAAAAAUACCAGAGAGCCCUAAAUAUCUUUGAAAAAGCGUUACUAAACGGUCAUCCUGAUGUGGCAUUUGCACAUCUAUGUCUUGGGCAAUAUUAUUUUAAAACUAAGAACUAUCCUGAAGCUCUCCAAAGCGAUAAGAAAGCUCUUGCUAUUUAUACGCAACAAAUAAUUCAAAAUGAUCAAGAUAUCAAAAACUGUAUGUAUUAUAUUGAACAAGCAGAAAACAUGCAGUAG